AUGAUUCGUGUGGUGGACACAAUGUCAAAAAUCAGUCCACUGAUAACAAUAGGACCAACAAUCCCAUCUUUCUACUUGGACAACCGUGUGGAAAACGACAAGGAUUAUGGGCUCAAUCUCUUCCACCUAGACCCAUCUGUUUGCACCAAUUGGCUAAGCACCAAGCCAAAAGGGUCAGUUGUUUUUACAUCAUUUGGAAGUAUGGCUAAUCUGGCAGAAGAGCAAAUGGAGGAACUUGCAUGGGGCUUGAAGGGAACCAACUGUUACUUCUUGUGGACAGUUAGGGCAUCUGAGGAGGCCAAGCUCCCAGAAAAGUUCAUCGAGGAAACUUCGGAGAAGGGCUUGCUAGUGGGAUGGAGUCCACAGCUGGAGGUCCUCUCAAGCGAGGCAGUGGGAUGUUUUUUCUCGCAUUGUGGAUGGAACUCGACAAUUGAAGCGUUGAGCUUGGUAGUACCUAUGGUGGUGAUGCCACAGUGGACGGAUCAAACGACGAAUGCCAAGUUUGUACAAGAUGUUUGGAAGGUGGGGAUAAGAGUUAAGGUUGAUAAGAGGGGCAUGGUGGGAAGAGAAGAAAUUCAGUCUUGCAUAAUGGAAGUUAUGAAGGGAGAGAGAGGGAAAGAAAUGAAGAAGAAUGCGAUAAAAUGGAGGGAUUUGGCUAAGGAAGCAGUUAAUGAAGGUGGGACUUCUGACAGAAACAUAGAUGAUUUUGUACAAAAUUUGAAAAGCUCUUCAAGUUGA